AUGGCCGCUGCGUUGACGCAAACGGAUUUGCCUCUUCCCCUUGUCGCCAAAGGCAAAGUGCGCGACGUGUACGACGCCGAGAUUGCUGAUGGCGCAUUUGCAGGCGCGCUCUUGUUUAUUGCGACCGACCGCAUCUCUGCAUUUGACGUCGUGCUCCAAAACGGGAUCCCCGACAAAGGCCGACUCUUGCACGGCAUGUCGUCGUACUGGUUCGACACGAUAGUGCCCACUGUGCUUCCGUCACACGUCCUUGCCGCGACUUGGGACGCAUUUCCCCAGCAUCUCCAGCAAAAGCUCGCGCCUGUCCGCGCCCAAGUCGACGGCCGUGCGAUGCUUGUGCGCCGCGCGAAUGUGAUUCCCAUUGAAGCGAUCGUGCGUGGCUACAUCACGGGCAGCGGCUGGGCAGAGUACCAGCGGAGCGGCACGGUGCAUGGAAUCAAGCUCCCUGAAGGACUGCAAGAAAGCGACAAGAUCCCCGGCGGCCCCCUCUUUACGCCAAGCACCAAGGCAGCGCAAGGCGACCACGACGAAAACAUCCACCCCGACCGCGUCGCCGAGAUGCUCGGUGCCAACCUUGCAAAGCGCAUCGCCGAUGCGGCGUGCGCUUUAUACAGCAAAGCGGCUCAGCACGCACUCCAGCACGGCAUCAUCCUCGCCGAUACCAAGUUUGAGUUUGGGCUUGUGCCAGCAGACGCCGAACACCACAACGGCGAGCUGCUCCUGGUCGACGAAGUCCUCACGCCCGACUCAUCGCGCUUCUGGAGCGCUGCCGACUACGCGCCCGGGUGCGCACAGGCAAGCUUUGACAAGCAGUACGUGCGCGACUGGAUGAAGCACGCCAAGCUAGACAAGGCUGCGUUUCACGGCACGCUUGUAACGCUUCCUCCUGAUGUGGUAGCCAAGACACACGAAAAGUAUGCCGAGGCGUACGAUCGUAUUACAGGCCGUCGUUUUGUGUAG